AUGCUUGCGCCUGCGGUGCCAGAGAUUAUCGAGGAUGACGACAUCGGACUCGCCGUCGACGCUCGAACCGAAAGCCUGCCAGGCCUGCGUGAACUCGGCCCCCCUGAUCUCGUCCAUUUGGUCAAGCAGAGUGUAAAAGCUGGCUCGAAGCAGACCGGCGUCUACCAUCAUGUGACGGGCAUCGAUGCCUCUUCCUCGGCCAGUCUGGCUGCCUACGUCAACACCCUGACAUUCAAUCCCUCUGACAAGACCCACAAGGUCGUAUCCGGGUUGUACUGCUGCUACAAUGCCUUUUCCCAUCUGGACAUGAGAGUCGAAGUCAAAAUUCCCGGCAGCGUGGAGAGCUACUGUGUGGACGAGAGAGGGGACCGAAGAGUGGCCACCGAAGGCUUAUGGCUGGAAACAUUUUUGUGCGGCGUCCUGCGCGCAUAUUCGUAUUCAGAUGACGGCAGUGGAGACACGAUCAAGAAGAUUAUUGGUGUCAGGAGGUUCAAUCCGAUCACAAAUACCGAGAUGGAACACAGGUUUUUCGAGGCCGCCGAGAAACUCUUCUUCAACGGCCGACAACUUGGGUCAGAUUCAGAAAUUCAAAUCCCAAAUCUGGUUUCCAACCACCUUACGUCUGGCCUACUCAAAUACAUCAAGACCGCCGGUCGUUACGCAUCUGGCAUCAAUCUCUUUGAAAAGCUGCGGACCAAGGACGUCGAAGUCUCUUCGUUGCUGGCUCGAGUUCUGCUCGAGGGCGACGAGGAAGUUCAAGCUGUAAGGCUACUGCACGAUGCCCUCCAGGACGUCCCCAUGGAUUACGCUCUCCUGGAUGCACAAGCAACAUUUUGCCAGCAAAAGGGUGAGGGCUUGACCGCCCUCGAACUCGCGAAACAAGGUGUCACGGCUGCCCCUAGUGAGUUCAGCACGUGGGCCCGGUUGGCUGAAAUUUACGUUGAUCUCGAGCAGUGGGAUCUCGCUCUUCUCACCCUCAACUCCUGUCCUAUGUUUUCAUACCAAGACAAGGACUCGCCUCGUAUGCCUGAACCUACACGAGUACUUCUUCCCAUAUUGCCGGAGACCGCCUUGGAAGAGAUUGACGAAGGCCAGCCCCGGCAUGGUGAACCUUAUGACUCCGUUCAUGUUUCUCUGCGGAAGCUGCAGGCCGCAACAUAUCAAGGCACAUUUCUAAAGGCGUAUAGUCUCCUCACGAGAAUCGCUGCUUCCAUUGGUUGGGACUCCCUGCUGAAGACACGCAGCCUUGUAUUUGUCAUGGAGGAAGAGUACCGCACUGAACGGGCGCAUUCACUGACCCCGAAAGUCUCUGCCAGCAAGAAUGCCAGCACUGUAGCCCUGUCCGGCACCCCCAACGGCGAUCCAAAGAAGACCACCGACAGCACCUCUGACGAAGAUGGAUCUGACGAUGGCUCUCCAACAAAUGACAACGCCGUGGCAGGAGGAUCAUCCGUGUCGUCCAAUCUCAACGGUGGUACCGAUGAAAAUGCCCAACUCAGCGCCGAUCGAACGAUGGAGAAGCCAGUUCCCACAAUUGCUGCAGAGGAGGUCAAGUCCGGGAGUGACGACCCAGAUGCUGCCCACUCUCAAUAUCCGCAGUUUCAAAAUAAACGUCUGUGUGAGCGGUGGUUGGAUAACUUAUUCAUGGUGCUGUAUGAGGAUCUGCGAAUAUACACCAUAUGGCGCACGGAGAUGGGACAAUACCGGCAGCAGCAGAUGCAAUAUAAGAAAUCGGCAUCCGAAUGGGAAAUUCUUGGAGACCUGGCUGAACGGUUGCAUCACACAAAUGAGGCUCUGGAGGCUUACCAGCAGUGUCUGAAUAUCCGGUUCUCCCCCAAGGCGAUGCGAGGCAUCCUUCGAAUGCACGAGCGGAAAGGAGACACUAGAAACUCGUUGGCUUGUCUAAUUCGGCUGAUUACAUGGCAAUAUCGAUGGUACUCUGAGUUCUCACCUGAACUAUUCUACUCUAUACGGAAACUGAUUGAAGAGGAAGGCGCCGUCAAGAUUCGAAGCAUCGUGCAAUCCACUAACCUCCCUCAGCAUGUGUUGGAUUUGACGCAUGAAUAUUGUCAAGUGUGUGUCACAUUCCGAAGUAGUGGGACUGAUGGUUAA